AUGCCUGGCGGCGGCGCGCCGUCGCGGUCUGCCUCCACCAUCGUCGCCAACAUCGCCAGUGGGUACCACAUCCUCAAGAUCGAUGGCUACUCCCGCACCCUUGCGACCCCCACAGGAAAGUACAUCGCUUCCCUCCCGUUCACCGUGGGCGGCCAUCGCUGGUACAUUCGCUACUACCCCAACGGCAACAAGUCAGACGACAAAGAUUACAUCUCGCUCUUUCUUCAUCUCCACGACAACGUCACCAAGCCAGUGGAGGCGCAGUACAAGUUCCGAUUCGUCGGCGACGUGGCGAAGCAGCCGUUGACACUGGGAGAACUGCGUAGCUUUAGCUUCGACAGGGGUUGGGGGCACGGUCAGUUCAUCAAAAGGGAAGACUUGGAACAGUCGAAGCAUCUCCGGGACGAUUCAUUUGCCAUUCGGUGCGAUGUGGUCGUCACCAACGAAUUGCGUGUCGAGGAGGCAACGGAAGCCACUGCUGCGGCCGAUAUGAUCACCGUGCCCCCAUCUGACCUGCACCAGCAUCUUGGCAGUCUCCUGCGGACCGAGAAGGGAGCCGAUGUGGUGUUCGACGUCGCCGGUGAGACGUUCGCUGCACACCGAUACGUGCUCGCAGCCCGUUCCCCUGUCUUCAGUGCAGAGUUCUUUGGUGCGAUGAAAGAGAGCAACACCGGAGGUGUGGUGCACAUAGAGGACAUGGAACCUCGGGUGUUCAAGGCUUUGCUCUACUUCGUUUACACCGACUUAUUCCCAAAGAUGAAACAAGUGGAAGAGGGAGACGUAGGCGACGACGAUGAAGACGUUUUGUCUCAGCACCUACUGGUCGCUGCGGACAAAUACAACUUGGAGAGGCUGAAACUGUUAUGUGAAAAGAAGUUGUGUGAGUAUAUCAAUGCAGGCAAUGUGGCAACCAUCCUGGCGCUAGCCGAGCAACACCAUUGCCAUGGACUGAAGAAGGUGUGCUUCCAUUUUCUCAGCUCUCCUGCAAAUUUGAGGGCAGUCGUGGCCAGCGACGGCUUUAAGCAUCUGAGCAGAAGCUGCCCCUCUGUUAUGGAGGAGUUGGUUGCCAUGCUCAGCACUUAA